GAUACAUUGGAUAUAACUUUCCACGGACAAGGCAGGAAUGGGCCUCCAAACGAAGUACUGCUGUCAUACACUGUCAGAAAACAUUAUGCAUCAGCCAACACUACAAGAACUCCAAACUUUUCAGAAUCCGGACUAAAUCAGAAACCGACACCUGCGGAUAUAAAAGAUUCUGAAAUAAGCAACACAUUUCGACUAACUGAGAAGCGUCUUCAUGGACUUCCUCCUCAAAAUCAGCAAACUACAACUCCAGAGACGGAAAAGGUUGGGGAACUAGGUUGGUCGUGAUGGAGCGGGCGGAGGCUACGGAUGAGCAGUUUGAUUGAAGAUGAAGGUUUGACCCUCUUUGCCAGGAAGAGCGAGAGAGAGCGAGAGCGAGAGAAAUGCCAUCACCACAGCAGGGUCUUCAGCUGCCACACAAGUAGACUCACACAAGUGUUGAGAGAAGGAGAGAGACAGUGCGAAAGAUAGAAAAGGCCAUAAGGAGGUGAGAGGAAGCAAAGGCGAGAAGAGGAAACAAGAGGAGGCGGAGACGCACAGCUGAAGAAUGUACAGCUUGGGGUCGGGCUCGGAUGCAUCCAGCCGGCACAGGCUUUAGGAGGCUGAAAUGGCCACUCCUCAAGGGUGUUGGGGUCCCUCUCUUCAACUCCUCCUCUUCUUUCAUCUGUUACUCAAUGUAGUGCCUCCCUGCCGGGGACGUCCAUUCUUCGGCCCUCCUUCGGUCAACGUGGCUGUGGUUUUCAGUGGUUUGGCCCACCACAGUGAGAUCAAGGGCCGUCUGAGUCCAGAAAACUUCCUCGACAUGCCCCUGCAAGUGAACCCCAUCACCGUGCUGGUGAAUGACACUAACCCCAGGGCUUUACUCACACGUCUCUGUCAGACUAUGGCAGCAGAGAGCCUCCACGGAGUGGUGUUUGAAGAUGACGUGGACUCAGAAGCUGUGGCACAAAUCUUAGACUUUAUCUCCUCUCAGACGUCCAUCCCCAUCAUAGGCAUCAGUGGAGGUUCUGCAGUAGUCAUUCCACAUAAAGCUGAAGGCUCUACCUUUCUCCAGAUGGGAGCUUCUAUAGAGCAGCAGAUAAAUGCAAUGUUCAAAGUGAUGGAGGAGUACAACUGGGGUAACUUUGUAGUGAUCACCAGCUUAUAUCCCGGCUAUGAGACCUUCGUGGACUACAUCCGCUCCUUCACAGACACCAGCUACUUCCUGUGGGAGCUGCAGGAUGUGCUGAGCUUUGAGAUGUCCGUGGGGGCCAAUGACAUCCGCACACGAAGACUACUUCAGCAGGUGGACUCGCAGGUAUAUCUAGUGUACUGUUCCCACGAGGAGGCACAGUACUUGUUCAGGAUGGCUUCUGAUGUGGGGCUGCUAGGGCCCGGAUACAUCUGGGUAAUCCCCAGUCUGGCUGUGGGGAACCCUGAAGUGUCCCCUCCUGACAGUUUCCCAGUGGGUGUCAUCAGUAUUAUCACAGACCGCUGGAAGAAAACACUGCGGCAGAGGGUUCGGGAAGGAGUCGCAGUCAUAGUAAAAGGGGUGCACAGCUUUCAUAAGAACAGAGGAUUCAUUCCCGAGGGUCACAGUGACUGCAAUAGUCCUGUCAAAUCGUACACCAACAAUUCUCUCUUCAGGCAUAUGCUAAAUGUGUCAUGGGAGUAUAAGGACCUCUCCUUCAACGCUGAUGGCUAUCUCACCAAUCCUUCCAUGGUGAUCAUUGCUUUGGAUCGAGAGAGACUCUGGGACAAGGUAGGAAACUGCGAGGGAGGGAUUCUGCAGAUGCGAUACCCUGUAUGGCCCCGUUUCGGCAGCUUCCUGGAGCCCGUGUCUGACAACCGCCACCUGACUGUGGCCACGCUGGAGGAGAGGCCUUUUGUCAUCGUGGAGAGUGUUGAUCCUGCCACAGGCACUUGUGUGCGCAAUACUGUGCCGUGUCGUCGGCAGUCCAACAGGACUGAAAGUAUAACAGGUCACACUGAGCCUUACACCAAACUCUGCUGCAAAGGUUUCUGCAUAGACAUCCUAAAGAAGCUCUCACGCACCAUCAAGUUUUCAUACGACCUUUAUCUGGUCACAAAUGGGAAACAUGGCAAGAUGGUCCGUGGCAUCUGGAAUGGGAUGAUUGGAGAGGUCUUCUACAAGCGUGCAGAUAUGGCAAUUGGCUCGCUUACCAUCAAUGAGGAGCGGUCAGAGAUUGUUGACUUUUCAGUGCCAUUCGUGGAGACUGGAAUUAGUGUUAUGGUGGCCAGAAGCAAUGGAACAGUCUCACCUUCUGCCUUCCUGGAGCCUUACAGUCCAGCCGUGUGGGUUAUGAUGUUCGUAAUGUGCCUGACUGUUGUGGCAGUCACCGUGUUCGUGUUUGAGUACUUCAGCCCUGUUGGCUACAACCGGAGCCUUGUCAGUGCCAAAGCCCCUGGGGGUCCAACCUUCACCAUUGGGAAGUCUGUCUGGCUCCUGUGGGGAAUCGUCUUCAACAACUCUGUUCCUAUUGAAAACCCCAAAGGCACGACCAGCAAAAUUAUGGUCCUGGUCUGGGCUUUUUUUGCUGUCAUCUUCCUCGCCAGCUACACAGCCAAUUUAGCUGCCUUCAUGAUCCAAGAGCAGUACAUUGACACUGUGUCUGGACUUAGUGACAAAAAGUUUCAAAAACCCCAGGAACAUUAUCCUCCUUUUCGCUUCGGGACAGUCCCAAACGGCAGCACAGAGAGGAACAUUCGAAGCAAUUACCCUGACAUGCACACCCACAUGAUAAAAUACAACCAGAAGGGAGUGGAAGAAGCUCUCAACAGCCUUAAGACAGGGAAGUUGGACGCCUUCAUAUAUGAUGCAGCAGUUCUUAAUUAUAUGGCUGGCAAGGAUGAGGGCUGCAAGCUGGUCACCAUUGGUAGUGGAAAGGUGUUUGCUACCACAGGCUACGGCAUUGCUCUGCAGAAGGACUCCCGCUGGAAGCGCCCCAUAGACCUGGCUCUCCUCCAGUUCCUGGGAGAUGGGGACACACAGAGACUGGAGACAGUAUGGCUGUCUGGAAUAUGCCAGAAUGAGAAAAACGAGGUCAUGAGCUCCAAACUAGACAUAGACAACAUGGCAGGUGUCUUCUACAUGUUGCUCGUGGCCAUGGGCCUCAGCCUGCUGGUCUUUGCUUGGGAACAUUUACUUUACUGGAAACUGAGGCACUCUGUCCGCAAGUCUGAUCACUUAGACUUCCUGCUGGCCAUUAGCAGGGGCAUAUACAGCUGCUUUAAUGGCGUCGAAGAUAUUGGCAGAUCUACCAGCAUACAGAAUCCAGAUAUCACGGCCAAUUACGCCCAGGCCAACAUGCUGAAAAUGCUGCAGACAGCCAAGGACAUUGUCUCCUCAGCCAAAGUGGAAAACUCAUUGGAUAACGCCACCAAGACCAUUGAGAACUGGAGUCGACACAGCGGCAGCCUGCCAGCACGUAUCCCAUUGGUGACAACGACUGAAAAAGUUCCUGGUCACUUCUCUUACAUUUCUAAUGUCACAGAGAACCACAUACCUCACAUGCAGCGUUCCAUAACUCCACCUUUCACGCAACACACCAAAACCACUAGCCCACCUCCAAUGAUAAACCACAGAGUCUUAACACGGCCCACUCCACUUCGCUACACACUUCCCGCCAGGACUAGGGGUCUCUAUGACGGUAUGCUUCCUGUAUCCAGUCUGAGCACACCUCAUCUAGCCAUGCAUGAUCCUCCAUCCGACCUGGUCCGUCCUGGUUCUUCCUUUGUUCCAUAUAGAGACAUCUACACUGAACACCACAAGCCUUGUCACAGCGACUUCUCAGAUGCCGUCAGGCGGAAAAAGAGACCCCAGAAUCUCUUGGUGGAGUCCAUGGAUCUGAGGGGGCUUCACGAUUAUAAAAACCAAUCAACAUGUCAUAACGAAGCAAACAGUUUUGCUGAAAACCACCUAUCCUCAUCCUUCAACGAAAAUCCUUUUGCAGCUGCGGACACAGCUUGUAAUUCCUGUGUCAAAACGUACUUUAACCCCACAUUCGAUAACAUACCUCUGAUAGGGAAAAGGAAGCUCCAUCGCAGACCUUCGUUCCUGAAAGCCACUUGGGGUCCCGACAGAGUUCGGUUCCCAGGUGACAGACCCACUGCCGCAGCCUCCCCACAUGUAACUAUACCCGACCUAUUCCCUUGUGUGGACGUACACGGACGGGUAAGGAACACCCUGUGUUACACCCAGCCGAUGGAUCACAACUACCUUCAUGCCUUCCGGCGAAACUCCAGGAAAAGUCAGAAGCUCAGACACAGCCAGUCCACAAGGCUUCCCUCCUACAAAGAAGCGAUUUUCCACAACGUGGCAGCUGUCAGAAGGGCGUCCAGUUUGGUACAUAGACCCUACUCCUACCCAGAGCUGCCAGUCUACCAGAGCCCACUGUCAUAUGGACCUGCUGAAUUAUGCAACAUCUUCCCAUGCAUGGGACAUCCCAGUGACAGUGUAUAUGGAGGGUAUAGGGCACCCACACACCUACAGAAUGAUCAUCUAGUGCCUGUUCCAGGCAGCAGGGUGGUUCAUAGCAGCCCUAUUGUGCCCAUGACAUGGGGCAGAAUUUCCAGUCUGGAAUCAGAGGUUUGAACUUCUCCUUCCAUGUGCCAAUUAUAAACUAUUUGGCCUACGAGCUUCUAAUGACCAAUAAAAUGACUUCGCCUUUGACUUGAGCAGAAACACAAACCAUGUUACUGGUUUUCGUUUGUUUUUGUUAUUUAAUUAUUUAUUUUAUUUAAAAUUCAUUUUAAAUUUUAUUUUUUAAAGUGCAAUAAUGUAAUAAUUGAAGGAAGUAUUUAAGGAAAUAGUCAAAUCCAUUCUAAAUUUUGAAUGGAUGAAUGAAUGGACAUGUAGAACUGUAAAUGAUUAGAUCUUAUCUCCUUAGUCCGCAAAAUGCAAUAUAUUGCUAUAUGUACUGGACUGGAUGAAAGAUUUUUUCUUCAAAGAUUGUAGUAGAGUCACUAAACUAUAUGAAGUGUUCAUUUUGAAGUACAUUUGGUAUUAUACACUAUGUAAUUCUCUGUGAUACUGAAUUUUGUAAACACUUUAGACAUAGUGUCCGAUAUUUUUUAUUUUAACAGCAGGGCUAUAUAAGUGGAUUUUUUCAGGCUCUAACGUUCCCUUUCUGUCUCUCGUUCAAUGUCCAAUCUCCUCUCGCUCUCUCUCUCUCUCUGCUGUGAGUGGGCUUUUGAAGAAGAGCAAAUUGAAUGGUACUCUAAUAUUAGCAUCAUCAAGGAUCUUCACACUUUAAUAAAUCACAAAGGACCAUCAGUUAGUCCUUUGUAACUGCUGUCUUCUUUAGAUGGCUGACGGAUAUAACUCUUUGAACACUGCCUUUUAUAUGCAGAGCCAUGGCGUAUUUUUAACAGGGAUUGGCUGUUUGCAGUUGUGACACGACGGAAAGACACAUUACUUUAAUAAUAUCCAAAAAAAAAAAAAAAAAAAUUCUGCUGCCUGCCACCCAUAAGAUCAGGUUUAGGGCAGUUUCGCUGUUGGCGUUGGACAACUGCUAUCAAGUCUGUUUGACCUGCAUACUGAACCUCACAUACCCACGAGGAAAUCUGUCUGUGCCUCAAAAUAAACUUGCGAUGCUCCAGAGUGUGAAAGGAUGAGAGCGAGAGAAGGAUGGUGCAACGGAUGGAAAAGAAGAGAAACAACAAGGAAAUGAGAAACCACACUUCCUUCAGUUGGGAUUUAAGCUACAAUAUCUGAAUGUUUAUGAGCUCAUGAGGCUCAUUUGAGGUUGUCAUAAGAGUCUCAUUAAAGCAACUCUGUGGAGUGAUUAUACAGGAGGACGUGUUACCAAAAAGUGUCCUUUACUCUAGGAUUUCAUUAUGUCGGCUGUCUCCACCGCACGGCGUUCUUGCAAUGCGCAAGGUGACCUAGGCUGGGGUAAUUAUGCUGUAAGGCUUUUGUUAUCUCCUGAUAAGAAGCCUUCUUUUCAAGCGGCGAGUGAGGAGCAUUUGAGAAUCUAAACAUCGAGAAACUUUACAUUUUUUCAUCACGAGCUUUUCUUUGUUAUUGCCGUAUUACAGUUCAUAGUGCGGCAGCAGUGAUUUAAUCUUCAAUACUGCCAGCGUGCACAGAUAGAUUUAUGUACCGCAGGAUAAUUGUACUUCUUUCAUAAUGUUUCUGCCAGUUCUGUGACAUCAAAAAAGAGGCCUGCUGCAGAACGACACACAUUUCAUUUUCAUAAAAAAGGAGAGGCAGGCUACAGCCAUCAUCAUCAUCAUCAUCCAAGCAAAGUCUUAUUUCUCUGUGUUCCUGAAAAGCAUAUUAUUGAAUGAUCUUGCGAGUUGAUAAAUGAUUCAAUACAUGCAUAUAAAAACAUCAAGGGAGGCUAGGGAUCGUCCUCUGGUAGAAAUAAGCAGCAAUAUAUCAACGCCACAGGUAGCUGUGGUGAAAAAUGAAAUGCAUUUAAAAGUCAAGGGGGCUUGGUCUCAUCCAGCCAUGAAAAAGAUGCAAUGGAAUGACUAGGCAGACGCAUGUUUUCGAAACAUUAAUAAUUCACAUGUUCAUUUGAAUGUGUUUGAUCAUUUUAAAGAUUUGUUUGCCAUUCAGCCCUCUUGGAAUCACCCUGGGCAUCUUUUUCCACUCAAGUGAUAAUAAGAGUAGUAUUUUUAUGAUUUUUAUGAUAUUAUGAAAAUUCUUCACUUCACAAAUCGUCAUGUAACAGAUUAAAGAAAUAGUUCACCCAAAAUGAAAAUAUGCUGAAAAUGUACUCACUCUCAGGUCAUCCAAGAAGAUUGAUACUUGAUGUUUCUUCAUUGGAACAGAUUUGGAGAAAUUUAGCAUGAAAUAAUUUGCUCACCAAUGGAUCCU